ACGGCGUUUAAGUUAUAAUACCAAAUCUAAUAGAGUGAAAGUAAUCAAGACACCAGGUGGUAAACUUACAUGGCUUUAUGAAAAGAAACCUGCCAAAGGUCCUCAUUGUGGUGACUGUGGGAUUAGAAUUCCUGGUAUCCCUGCCCUUCGGCCACGUGAAUAUGCAAGAAUUUCUAAACGACAAAAGAAAGUACAACGUGCUUAUGGAGGUAGUCGCUGUGCUAAAUGUGUUAGAAAUCGAUAUCCUGUACUUUGUGAAGGUCGUAAGCAACAAUAUAUAAUGUGUAUUUUGUUGGAAGCUUCUCUAAACAAACGCGUUUCAUCAACACCACUAGCUUGUACUGCAGUUGUAUAA